AUGAGGACAGUGUUUCCGAACGGUCGUGCAGUUGGACUUGUUGUUCUUUUUGUUGUGGCUAUCUUCUUUCUGACAGCCUUACAUCUAAACCAACCGGAAACCGUGUCUUAUGGGAAAGUCUCAUUACCAAGGGACGUACAGAACAGGAGGAAUAUUGAGGAUGCUGUUGUUGAUAAAAUAAAUCAUGAUAAAGGAGAAGAAGCUCAGUCUAAGUCUGAGAAUGCAGUUCCGAAGCCUGAAGAAGGCAUUCAAAAACACGAAGAACAGCCUCCCAACAUUCAACAACCUGAAGUUAACAAAGAGGAUAAUGGAGCGGGUGAAGGAAAUCCAGACGAAGAUAUAAAGGAGCACAAGGAGAAUCCAGAAUUAGAUGUCAAUGGUAAGUAAUGUGCUUAUUUGUCUUAUGUAAAUUUAGAAUCAGAAAACGAUCAGUUGCCGGAGAAAGAGAAUGUUGAGAAGAUUAAUGUUGUGGCCGAACCACCAAAGCCUCAAGCUGUAGAUUUGGAAAAUGGUAAUUAAUUUCGUUUUGAUUCGUUACCUAAAAUUAUAAAAUUAAUUAUUAUAACUUCAUUUAUAUGUUAUUUUUUAGCUCAACGCAAGGAAUUUGUUAAGAAAAUGGCUAAGCAUGCAUGGGCUGGCUACCGCAAGUUUGCUUGGGGUUUCAAUGAAGUUAGACCAUUGGCCAAACGAAGUAACCAUCAACCUAUCUUUGGGGGUGAAAAGAUGGGAGCUACUAUCGUAGAUGGAGCUGAUACUUUGUACAUUAUGGGACUGCACGAUGAGUAUGAACAAGCGCGAGAGUUUAUUAAGGUCAACUUUACUAUAAACGAUGUCAAGGGCCAAAUAUCAACGUUUGAAGCUACUAUAAGGUUCACUGGUGGAUUCCUGGCCUUGUACGCUUUGACAAAGGAUUCGUUGUAUUUGUAAGUUUGGUCUUUUUAAAGUUUUUUAAUUUAAAUUAAUUAAUCAUAUAGUUUUGGACUAAUUUCAACUUAUUUGUUAUAGAUUUGAUGUUUAGCUACUUCAAAAUAAUAUUUUAGGGACAAAGCCGUGGAGGUAGCUGAUGCGUUACUACCAGCUUUUAAUACUAAAACGGGAAUUGCUCUAAGCAAUGUGAAUGUACAUGAAAAGACAGCAUCUAACUAUGGUUGGGUUACCGGAUCUUCUUCGAUUUUAUCUGAAUUUGGCAGUUUACACUUGGAGUACUUAUAUUUGGCCAAGCUGACAGGAAACAAGGCAUACGAAGAUAAGGUAAGAUUUUGCAUUUUAGAUAAUAACGAUUUUUUAUAUGACAUGAAGAAGAUUUACAACUAAAGAAUUGCGUUACUUUAAUAUUGUUUGUCAAUGUAAUUUACAAUAUUCGUGUUUAGGUUCAAAGGAUACGUGAUGUUCUGGAGAAAUCCAAGAAGAAGGAUGGUUUAUAUGCUAAUUACGUAGAUCCAAAGACUGGAGAGUUUGUGGGAUCUCAUGUUAGUUUAGGGGCCCUUGGUGACAGUUUCUACGAAUACCUCAUCAAAUCGUAUGUACACACUGACAAACAGGACAAACAAGCCUAUUACAUGUACCGUAACGUGUCUGAAGCCAUUCAGAAGCAGUAAGUUUAUUGUUUAUUUUUCUUUUAGUUUGGAUUUUAUAUAUUAUAGUUACUAGAGUACCUUAAAGUAGUAUCUCUUGGUUAAUAUGUUGUUUUUUAUAGUAAAUGUUUGUCUUUAGCAUGAUUUUCACCUCUAAAUCCGGCUUAAAAUACGCAGCAGAACUAAGGCGAGGCAAAGCUGAACACAAGAUGAGCCAUCUCAGCUGUUUCUGUCCAGGAAUGUUUGCUCUAGAAGCUGAUGUUGAACAAGAUGUAGAUAGAAAGAAGCGUGUCAUGGAGUUGGCCGAAGAUCUAGGGCACACUUGUCAUGAGAGUUAUGCCAGAGCUACGACUGGAAUUGGGCCAGAGAUGUUCUACUUUAAUUCAGAAGAAGAUGCUACGGCCAAAAGUGCUGAAAAUGGAUUCAUUUUGAGGCCAGAAGCCAUUGAAGGAUGGUUCUACCUGUGGAGGUUGACUAACAAAGAGGUAAGAAUGCUUUUAUUCGAAUAUAAGGCCUUUAAAAACAUUUUGAUUAUUUUUAACCGAGGUUUUGUUUUAGAAGUACAAACAAUGGAUUUGGGAUGCUGUACAAGCGAUAGAAAAGUACUGUAAGAAGGAGAAUGGAUAUGUUGGACUGAAGAAUGUUUAUGACGAGAAUAGUGUAAGUCUGUCAAUGGUAAAUAUGACUUCUUAAACUAAAGAAUUUAUAUUUAAUUUUACAAUAUUACUUUUGUGAAAGACAACAGUAUUAUGUCAAUCUUAAUCGUACUUCUUGUAGGGCUUUGAUGACGUGCAGCAGAGUUUCUUCAUCGCCGAGACUCUCAAGUAUGCAUAUUUGACAUUUGCCGACGAUGAAAUAUCACUCCAGAAGUGGGUGUUUAACACGGAAGCUCACCCGUUCCCGAUUGGCUUCGAGAACAUGAAGAAAGCUGACAAUUAA